AUGGAAACCUCUAUCCCGGUAUCUCCGGCCACCCGCAAGCGGCUUGGGUACGAGUCCGGUGCGGCUUUGAUGGCCGAAGGUCCUCAGGUCUUGCACGACCACAUGGCCUCCAAGAUCACCAAAGCUCUAGGCACGGCCAUGCCGCAGAUGGAAGUGCGUUUCAGCAACCUGUCGGUCACGGCGGACGUGGUUGUGGUAGACGACGACUCCAAAUACGAACUACCAACUAUCCCCAACACGUUGAAGAAAACGUUCAUCAGUCCCAAGAAGCGCGUAGUCCGUAAGGAGAUCCUAAAGGAUGUCAGCGGCGUGUUCUCACCUGGCAAGAUCACGCUGUUGCUGGGCCAACCCGGUUCGGGCAAGUCGGCUCUGUUGAAGAUGCUGAGUGCGCGGUUCCCGAUGACCAAGAACAUUACGGUGGAGGGCAACAUCUCGUUCAACAACGUCGACCGUGAGCAGAUCAUCAAGACGCUACCGCAGUUUGUAGCGUACGUGAACCAGCGCGACAAGCACUACCCGGUACUGACGGUCAAGGAAACGCUUCUGUACGCGCACCAGUUCUGCGGCGCAGAGCUGUCCGAGCACGGCAAAAAGAUGCUGACGCAGGGUACCCCGGAGGAGAACGCUGAGGCUCUGAGAGCCGCGAACGCCCUGUUUGCCCACUACCCCGAGGUGAUCAUUCAACAGUUAGGGCUCCAGAACUGUCAGGACACUAUUGUCGGCGAUGCUAUGACACGCGGUGUGUCUGGCGGUGAACGCAAGCGUGUGACGACCGGAGAGAUGGAGUUCGGCACCAAAUACGUGACGCUCAUGGACGAGAUCAGUACGGGUCUCGACAGUGCAGCCACGUACGAUAUCAUUAACACGCAGCGAAGUGUGGCCCACAAGCUGCGCAAGACCGUCGUUAUCGCACUGUUGCAGCCGUCACCGGAGGUGUUCGCGCUGUUCGACGAUGUGAUGAUCCUGAACGAGGGCCAGCUCAUGUACCACGGACCCUGCAACAAGGUGGAGGAGUACUUCGAGUCUCUCGGCUUCAAGUGUCCGCCUCAGCGCGAUAUUGCCGACUAUUUGUUGGAUCUGGGCACACGCGAGCAGUACCAGUACCAGGUCGAACGUCCGACCAAGCAGCCGCGACGUGCGAUCGAGUUCGCCGAUGCGUUCCGCGAGUCUCGCAUCUACCAGGAGUCAUUGUACGCUCUAGAGGCUCCAUAUGACCCGGAACUUCUGCAAAGUGUCGAGAAGAACAUGAAGCCGAUGCCCGAAUUUAGCCAGACUUUCGUCAACAGCACUCUGACGCUGCUGCGACGUCAACUCACCAUCACGUACCGCAACAAGCCGUUCAUCUUCGGCCGUGUACUGAUGAUCGCAGUCAUGGGUCUGCUGUUCUGUACGGUCUUCUACGACUUCGACCCGACCGAAGUUUCGGUCGUGCUGGGUGUCGUCUUCUCUUCCGUCAUGUUCCUGUCCAUGGGUCAGUCGUCGCAGAUCCCGACGUACAUGGCCGAACGUGAAGUCUUCUAUAAGCAGCGAGGAGCCAACUUCUUCCGGACAGCGUCGUACGUGCUGGCCACAUCGGCCAGUCAAGUUCCGCUGGCGCUGGUCGAGACGCUUAUUUUCGGGUCGCUGGUGUACUGGUUGUGCGGCUUCGAGUCCGAGUUCCAACUGUUCCUGAUCUUCGAGUUCGUGCUUUUGCUGAUGAACCUGGCCAUGGGAAUGUGGUUCUUCUUCUUGAGUUCCGUUGGACCGAACGAGAACGUCGUCACGCCUUUGGGUAUGGUGUCCGUGCUGGUGUUCAUUAUCUUCGCCGGCUUCAUCGUAACCAAGAGUCAGAUCCCGGACUACCUCAUCUGGGCUCACUGGAUCAGUCCCAUGACCUGGAGUAUCCGAGCACUGUCUAUCAACCAGUACCGGUCGGACAACAUGGAUGUGUGCGUCUACGACGGUAUCGACUACUGUGCGGACUACGGCAUGACCAUGGGCGUGUACUACCUGGACCUGUUCGGCAUCGAGACUGAGAAGUACUGGAUCGUGUACGGUAUCAUCUACUCGCUUGCGAUCUACGUUCUCUUCAUGGUCAUGUCCUUCCUUGGACUGGAAUAUCUGCGCUACGAAGCUCCUGAAAAUGUCGACGUGUCCGAGAAGCCGAUCGAAGACGACGAAUCGUACGCGAUGCUUAAGACCCCCAAGAACGCUAGAUCCACGGAGGCGACUGGAGACUACGUUGUGGAGCUGGACAACCGCGAGAAGAACUUCACCCCCGUGACUAUGGCGUUCGAGGAUCUUCACUACUUUGUGCCGAACCCCAAGAACCCAAGCGAACAGCUUGAGCUUCUUAAGGGUAUCAACGGAUUCGCUGUGCCUGGUACGAUCACUGCACUUAUGGGCUCAUCGGGUGCAGGCAAGACGACGCUGAUGGAUGUCAUUGCUGGCCGUAAGACUUCGGGUAAGAUCACGGGCAAGAUCCUGUUGAACGGCUAUGAGGCGACCGACCUCGCUAUCCGUCGUUGCACGGGCUACUGCGAGCAGAUGGACGUACACUCGGAGGCUGCUACCAUUCGUGAAGCUUUAACCUUCAGCUCUUUCCUGCGUCAAGACGCGUCAAUCCCGGACGCCAAGAAGUACGACUCGGUGAAUGAAUGUAUUGAGCUUCUUGGUCUGGAAGACAUCGCCGACCAGAUCAUCCGUGGCAGCUCAGUUGAACAGAUGAAGCGUCUGACGAUCGGCGUGGAGCUUGCUGCUCAGCCGAGUGUGAUUUUCCUGGAUGAACCGACAAGUGGAUUGGAUGCUCGUUCGGCCAAGAUUAUCAUGGACGGUGUUCGCAAGGUGGCCGACUCAGGCCGUACCAUUAUCUGUACGAUCCACCAGCCGUCAUCCGAAGUGUUCUACCUGUUCGACAGUCUGUUGUUGCUCAAGCGUGGUGGUGAGACCGUGUUCUAUGGUGAAUUGGGCUCGAAGUGCCGCAACCUGAUUGACUACUUUGAGGGAAUUCCUGGUGUGUCUCCGCUGCCGAAGGGCUACAACCCGGCCACGUGGAUGCUCGAGUGCAUUGGCGCUGGCGUAGGCAACACGGCUGCGGACAGUACCGAUUUCGUUGACUACUUCCGGAACAGUUCACUGAACCGUGCACUGGUGGCCAACAUGGCUAAGGAAGGUAUCACUGUGCCGUCGCCGGAUCUUCCAGAGAUGGUAUACACAGAGAAGCGUGCGGCCGAUUCCAAGACGCAGAUGAAGUUUGUGGUGUGGCGUUUUAUUCAAAUGUACUGGCGUACGCCCAGCUACACUCUGACACGCAUGUACCUGGCGCUGUUCCUGGCUGUGGUUUUCGGUCUUAUCUUCGUGGACGUGGACUAUGCUUCCUACUCUGGUCUCAACUCGGGCGUCGGUAUGGUGUUUGUCGCUGCGCUCUUCCAGGCUAUGAUGACUUUCCAGAGUGUCCUCCCGUUGGCCUGUUCCGAGCGUGCUUCGUACUACCGUGAGCGCGCGGCCCAAACAUACAACGCGUUGUGGUACUUCGUUGGAUCGACGCUGGCUGAGAUCCCGUACUGCUUCAUCAGUGGAGCCCUCUUUACUGUCGUUUACUACCCCUUUGUUGGCUUUACGGGUUUUGGAACGGGCGUGCUUUUCUGGCUGGCGAUUUCGCUCAUGGUGCUCAUGCAAGUGUACAUGGGUAUGAUGUUCGCCUACGCGAUGCCAAGCGAAGAAGUUGCGGCCAUUAUCGGUUUACUUUUCAACGCUAUUUUCAUGAUGUUUAUGGGCUUCAGCCCUCCAGCGUACUCCAUUCCAUCGGGCUACACGUGGUUGUACAAGAUCUCGCCUCUGAGAUUCCCGCUAUCGAUCAUGGAGGCUCUGGUUUUCGCCGACUGCGACGAAUUGCCGACCUGGAACAACGCCACGCAGUCAUACGAGAACGUUGGCUCCCAGUUAGGCUGCCAACCAAUGGCAGACUCGCCUGCGACGGUCGGCCACAUCACGAUCAAGGAGUACACGGAGCAAUAUUUUGGUUUCGAGCAUGACGACAUCACCCGCUACUUUUUCGUGGUCAUCGGGUGCAUCAUUCUGUUCCGCAUCCUCGGACUCAUUGCGCUGCGCUACAUCAACCACCAGAAGCGGUAA